UGGAAUAUGUCAAAUCAUACCUACAGCAUGAAGCAUUUCGUAUAUUAAAUUAUACAUAUUUCAAAUCUUACUUUGUAUCCAAACUAUAAUAGUUAAGAUUGGCUGGUUGGUAGCACUUUUAUUAUAUACAGGAAUUGGAAAUUUUGUAUGACAGAAAUUGUUUAAACCACAAAUAGAAAAUGGCAACAGCCACUGGUAGGAUACGAAACAAAGGUUAUUCUUUAUCAAUCCAAGGUUAAUCAAGUAUCUAGUAUCAUUGACAAUAUGAGUGAUGAUGAUAAUCGAGAUACAACUGAUCAUGAAGAAUCAAAAGUGUCCAAAGAUAGUCAAAAUCCUUCCUUGCCACAAUUAAAUAAUCAAGAAACAAUCAUCCAAAGAUUACGAGAUAUUCCCAUUGAUAAAUUAAAGGAAAUCAUAACCAAUCAAAUCGAUUUAGAAAUCAGAUUAAAACAUAAAGAAUUGAAAUUAACUGAACAAGAAAUUGGAAAAAUUGAAUCUCAAAUGCUUAUACUACGGAAAUUCUUUGAAAUACCGAAUAAUGUUAAGAUUGAUAAUGAACCAAAUGAAUUCACCUUGAAAUAUUUUGAUUUAUUGAAUAAAUCAUUGACUUUGACUUAUAAUGAUGUGGUCAAAAAUCAAAAUCAAAUCCCUGUCCUGCUGGCUGGUGAAGGAUUAUUCAAAGCUGAUUAUCUUGAUCAUGAAUCAAGUAUUCGAAAUGAUUAUAAUCCAUAUGGAGUAGGUCAUUCAUAUAGAACAAGAUCAACCACUUCAUCAUUAAGACCAUCCCAUUAUACUUUCCCAGUAGUUCAAUCAGAAUCACAAACUCUGACUGCAAGUACUACAACUGCAACAGCAGCAGUAACAGCAGCAACAAUAUCAACAGCAGCAACGGCGCAAAUUCCAUCACCAGGUUCAUCCAUAUCAACCACCGCAUCAUCAAUCUCAGCUCCUGUACCGAUUGCACAAAACUUUGUUCCUGCAAGAAUCACAAAUCAACAUUUAGGUUGUCUUUAUAGACGUACCGAUGGAGUUAUAGUUAAAUUAACUUGUCCAGAUUGUCAAAGAAGUAAUUUUUCAUCAGCACAAGGUUUUUUAAAUCAUAGUAGAAUUGCUCAUUCUAAAGAAUAUACAUCGCAAGAUGCCGCUGCAUUGAAAUGUGGAUCGAUAAUUCCUGAAAUCAAACAAGAACCAAAUGGUGAAAGAAGUAUUCAACGAUUGAUUGAAAGAGGGAUAGAUCCCAAUAAGAAUAUUAACGUGAAUGAAAUUUAUUUCAAUGGGUAUACUGAUACUUAUGAUGAUCCAUCGAAUAACUCAAGUGCUAGGAAUUCCACCACUGGUCCAAAUACAAGAAAUAGUAGUGUUGAAUCAAAUACUAUCAAAUCAGAGAAUGUAUCAUUACAUGAUGUUAAUGUGAAACCACCUCUGGAAGGUGAGUUAUUGAAAAAGAUUAUUAAAGAAGGAAAGAUGAAUAAAGAAGACUAUGAGAAAUUAGUAGAUGAAACUAAGAAGCCACUUAAUAAUGUUCAUUUAUUUGAUGAUGAAUUUGAAGAAGAAGAUACUACUGCUGGUGAAUUAGAAUCAGGUGCUUCAACUACAAAUCUUUCUAAUUUAGUUAUGGAAAGAAGUAAAUUAAAAAGACGGAAAUCUAGAGGUGGAAUUAAUAUUACGGUCACGCGAGGUGAUAGUGGAUUAGAAAUCCAAGGUGAUGAUGAAGAUGAGGGAGAUGACGAUGAAGAUGACGAAGAAGGUAAGAAUGAACAAGUAACCGGCAUUACCGAUAAGGCACCAAUCGAAGUCAAUACUACAAGUAAAGAAUCAAGUCAGGAUAUUGAACCUGAGCCGGAAACUAAAAGAAAGAGAAAAUCAUAGAGAGUAAGUGGUAUUCAAAAGUAUAUUGUAUAAUUAAUUAAAAUAGGGGUAAAUAGUUUUUAGUAAAAAGUUAUUAAAUUAGCGUAUCAAAUCA